AUAAAAAAUGUAAGUUAAUAACCUGCCCCAUUUUUCAUAAACCUACACACAGUUUCAUGAUAAAUGUUGCAUACACACAUAACACUGUUGUUCGCUUUUCCUGCCUAUCUGGUUAUUUUCUGCGAGGAAACAAUUCAAUACGGUGUCAAGAAAAUCAGCAGUGGUCGUCUCUACCACCAGUUUGUGAAGCUAUUAAAUGUCUGCCACCGCAUCCACCCAAACAUGGCAAUGUAAACAAUACAAAUGAAGUUGAAAUUAACGAAACAAUUCAUUUCAGUUGCUUAAAACCAUAUAAUCUGAAAGGUGAAUCUGUAUUAACUUGUCUUCGAGACGGUAGCUGGAACUUUCCGACACCUGUUUGCACUUUGAAAUGUGUCGUACCUGAAAUUGCUGGUAGAGUUGUGACUAUUUCUGAAGGUACAAUUUCAAAACCAAGAACCUUAAUCAAUGAAGGAGAGAAAGUGUUAUAUUCUUGCAAACGAUCUUUCAUUCCUGUCACGUUUGGUGUCGUUCAAUGCUUGUCGGGUAAAUGGUACCCAAACAUAAAGUGCAGAAAAACGUGUAAAAUUGAGAAACUACAUGGAUUAAAUUUUAUUUUGUCACAUAAUUUUUCAGUUAUUGAAUAUAGCUGUUCAUCAGGAGAAACUUUGCUGGGAGAGUCUAAAAGAACCUGUUUAGAAAAUGGAACGUGGAGUGGAAAACUUCCAAAGUGUGUAAAGAACUGUCAAUUGUUACCCGAGUUUGGCAUAUAUAGCUACCGAAAUUCAGACACUUUGCAAUAU